CACACACACACGCACAUGGCAACAGUAUCUUAUCAUGCAGCAAACAUUUACUUAUGUGCUUUCUUUUCUUUUCUUCCCUCUCUCUCUCUCUCCUUUCCAGGUCCUGACGUGGUGCAAGAUCUUCCCCAGGCGACGAUGCCGGAAGAGGAGGAGCGCAGCAAACACUUUGCGGCCCUGCUGACCGGGCGCACCUCCUCGCUGCUGAAGAAGGACGACAUGGGCACGAUGUACUCGACGCUGAACCCGCAGAACGUGGUCGCGACCGGCCGGUUCUCGUUCCACAAGAAGAACCUCUACUACAGCUUCUACGUGUCGGAGCGGGCGGCCCGGCCCCGCUCGAUCCAGUUCGUGCACGCGAACGGCAACAUCCUGGAGGAGCACACGCUCGCCCUGCCGUCGGACGAGGGCCGGCUGAGCGCGUACCAGAACGGCACCGGCAAGGUGUGCGGCGUGUGGAGGCGCGUGCCGCGCGAAUACCGCCGGCUGCUGCGCGACGAGCUCGUGAGCGUGGUGCUGCUGUGGGGCAGCAAGCAUCAGGCCGAGCUGGCGAUUGCCGGCCCGAUCGCCAAGUAUCCGGCCCUCGCGCACGAACUGUUCAGCUCGCUGCUGGAACCGGCGGCGGCGGCGACAGCGACCUCCGACAUGAUGGGCGGCGCGGGCGGUACCGCCAUCGUGUCCACCAGCAGCGGCGUCACCUCCUCCAUCCACCUGACGAUCGUGCUGAACGGGCUGUUCGCGCUGGACGACGUGGCGGACGUGCCGCUGAGCGUGCGGCUCGAGUCGCUCGACAAGCGCCAGCUCAUCCUGGAGGACGUGCAGCGCGUCCGCAAGCCGGCCCACGACAUCAACGUGCUCGAGGUGUCGUCCCCGGUGUCCGUGAGCGAUCUGCGGCUGCUGACGCGCGGCAAGCUGACGCUCACGGUCGAGUCCCGCCGCCAUCCCGAGCUGCUGCGGCUGCAGGGUCCGGUCCGCGGUCGGGUCGCCUGCGAAGUCUUCCAAACGCUGCUCACCUCGCACGGGGCGGACGCGCGCAGCGACGCUAGCGGGCUCGCCUGGAUGUACCAGAACCGGGACGGGGCGCUCGUGUACCACGUGCAGACGCACCGGCUGCCCCACCACCACGGAGCGACGGCCAGCCCCAUCCUGACGCUGCUCGACGACAGUGCGAAGCGCCGGCCCGAGCUCGAGACGCUCACGCGCGCCUUCACCGGCGAGCACGCGUCCGGCCUGAUCGACCGCAUGGGGCCGCGCGUGCUCGAGCCGCUGUACGCGGGCGAGCUGGCGAUCCAGGUGGCGAACGAACAGAAUCUCACCCUGCUGCACGGCAAGUUCGUGACGCGCCAGGUGGCGGACGCGCGCGACUCGGCCGCCCCGGUGCUGCUGCGCCGCGGCGCGGACGCACCGGCCCCGCUAGCGCACGCGGUCGGGCUCGCCUGGCUCGCGGUCGACAACGAGUGCAGCCUGCACUACGACCUCUCGCUCGCCGGCGUCCCGGGCGCCUACCAUCCGCUGCAGCUCUACCUGGAGGAGCUGCCGCUCGAGGCGCCGAACGCACCGGUCGCCCGCCGCCUGCUGGAGGACUUUAGCGGCAACCAGCUCGAGGGCUUCCAGCUCGGGCUGCCGCCGCGCGAGCUCGCCAAGCUCGAGACGAGCGUCAUCUAUCUGGAGGUGCGCUCGAACGGCACCGCCGAGCCGGUGCUGCGGGCCCGCCUCCACACGCCGACGCGCGUCCCGCCCCACUGUACCGGCGGGCUGGACAACGAGGUGCAGCAGGACCCGUUCGCCGCGAACGAUGUGCCGACGGUGGCCGCCAACGAGAAGUGCUUCCACUCCGGCCGGUUCUACGACGAGGGCGAAACGUGGCGCAGCGCGGUCGAGGCGUGCACCAUGUGCUCCUGCGACCACCAGCAGUACAAGUGCGAGAAGAUGAAGUGUCCCCCGCUGCGCUGCCGCAAGGAGGACAUCGUGCAGAAGAAGGGCGAAUGCUGCCCGUCCUGUGCCGCUCCGAAAGUGGCGGCCGCACCGGCCCCUCCAGCGGCGGCCCCGCCAGCCCCGGCCAGCAGCAACGGGCGGGGCUGCAGCCUCGGCGACGAGUUCCACGAGGCCGGCACGACCUGGCACCCGUACCUGCACCCGAGCGGCUACGAAACCUGCACCAUCUGCACGUGCGAGCUGUUCACGCUGCAGGUGAAGUGUGCGCGGGCCCAGUGCCCGCCGCUGCCGUGCAGCGACAAGGUCGCCUACCGGCCGGACAAGAAGGCGUGCUGCAAGGUGUGCCCGCAGGUGAAGGAACCGAAGGUGUCGAAGCGGACGCACGGGCCCGGCGCACGACCGGACGUGCAGUACGAUGAGGCGGGCGGCUCGGCCGGCACGCUCCGGUCGCCGCAGGCGAUACUGGCGGCCGGCGGCUGCCGGUACGAGGAGAACAUCUACGAGAACGGGCAGGAGUACCAUCCGAUACUGGCGACGCACGGCGAGGAGAAGUGCAUCAAGUGCCGGUGCAAGGAUGGGCAGCUUAACUGUAGCCGCAAGCGGUGCAACCGCGCCAUGUGCAACCGACAGAAUGCGAAGCAGCGUGCGCUGCAGCAAUCGCAGCAGCAGCCCGCCGACGAGUGCUGCCAGUGCAGGCCCGCCCGCCACCACCGGAAGCGGCAACAGCAGCAGCAGCAGCAACAGCAGACGAGCGUCAAGAGUUGAAUUCGAGCUGGCGUUGUGCAGCGGGCCGAGCGAAAGUAGUAGCAGCAGCAGUGGCGUUUAGUAGCGACGCGGAGUGCCCGUGGGUUUCCCUGUGCCAUGUUAAAGUGUGUUGCUCGUGGGGCUCCGCACCAUCCACACUUACCUGUUUGUUUUUUUUUUAAAUUACCACCAUCCUCUCAAACCACCCCCACCCCCCCCCCCUCGUCCUGUGCUCUCGCUCCAUCACACCGCCUCUCUGUCUCUCUCUCUCUCUCUGUGUCUCAGCGAUGUCAGAGCGACACCCGCGUGACACGUGUUUGCUGGCGUCAUAUCGGCGCCAUUUUGUAGUGUUCUGUGGGCCGGAGUAUUGUAUUCUUAUUUUUCGAGAAGCUCCGCCACUUUCAUCGCCUCCCACCCCCCCCAUCGUUUUGCAUUACGCUUUUGCAUUCAGCUUCAGCAAUGCCCCGUUACCGCGUGAACGCCCGCCAAAAAAAAAAAAAAAAACGCUUUCUUUGCUAGGUUGGGCAAGGUUUAGUGCACGUUAUUAAUAAUUGGACCCUUUUUCGAUUCAGAAGAAGAAGAA